AUGGCUUUCCUAUUAUUCAAUCCUCCACCUUCAACCCCAUUACCUCUCAGUUUUAAAGUUUCCUCUUCCUUGAAGCCCCGAAAGAUGUCAUCUCCUAUCCCAAUGGCGAAAACGAUUCCGGCAACGGACAUUAUCAUCGACUUCGGCAAACACAAAGGGAAGAUGCUCGGCACUCUCCCUUCCAAUUAUCUCCGUUGGGUCUCGAAGAACCUCCGCGCCGGCGACAACGAGCGAUGGGCGAAGCUGGCUGAUCAAGUGCUGGAAGACCCAAUUUACCGGGAUAGAAUCGAGUGGGAAUUUGCCGAGAAUGUUUUGAACGGAAACAACGCGAAAGGGAGGGCGGGGAAUUCGGUGUCAUUGUUAUUGGAGAUGAGUGAAAGGUUCGGCUGGGAUAACGAAGAUAAAGAAGGUUGGAGUAGGGUUAAGUUUGAGCUUCUGGGGACCAGUAAUGGUGGAAGGUUACCGAGAAUUGGGGUUAACAAUGGAAGGAAUAGAGAAGCUAAACAAGCCAAGAGUGGAGAUGGGGAGAAGAGGAGGAGGUUGAAGAAACAAGAGGAGAGUGUGAGGUUGGAAAGGAGUAAAGGGCCUGAGACGGUGGAGAUUUUCAACCCAUUUCCUGGUCGUCAAGCUCUCCUCAACAAGGUACUUAAGAACCAUAGAGGAUUUUUGUAA